CGGAGUUUGAACCGAAACUUUGGCUGGAUUGGUGAGGAGGCUAGGGCGCGUGGGUUGUUUGAGGAUCGUGGCACUGUUGGAAAGGGGUAACUUGUUUCGUUCCUCUGCUGUGCUCUGUAGACGUAUGAGUGGCUUUGUGUCAGUGACUGGUCAAGUGUCUCCUGGUGAGAUCUGACUUGAUGAAUUCCACCUCAUCUCUCACAGGACACACACCCACAGGUCAGGCACAUAGUGCUUUCUUUUUCGCAACCUCGGGUCUCGUGAUGCUCUCGCUACCACGCUUGCAAAGCCUGGGGCAAGCCAUCUGGUGCUCGGUCCCGGUCUAUUCGCGUAUGCGAUUCUCUGGUUGGUAGACUGCAUCCGGGUAGCAAAACACGCAGAUAUCGACAGUCUGCGGAAUUGUCUUCCUCCAGGCUAGGGAUUUGACAGCCGUUUGCCGUGAUCAAUGGCUUGAUUGUCGUCGACUUCCUUUCUGGGUAAUAACUGGCUAGUUAGCCAUAGUGGUGGUGUUGCUGCAAUCAGAAACUCGGGAGGCGUUUCUAAACACCAAAGCGUUUUUGUGUGGC